AUGGGGUAAAUUUUAGCAAAAUGUUGUAAGCAAAAGCAGUGUAAAAUUUUGAUGAUUGGCUCUGAACGAGAAAUCAAGUAUAAAAUUCUACAGAGAAACUUUGAAGAGUUUAUUAAAGAAGAAAAAGGAAAGGAAGAGUUUGAAGAAUUAGAUAUUUAAGUUGAUUAAAAUUUAUAUAUUAAACUUUUAGAUAUAGCUCCUGAUAUGUUAGAAGAAAAGUAUGAAAAGUAGUUAAACAAAUUUAAUGGAAUAAUUUACUGCACUACACCAGGCUAUGAAGAUUAUGAUAAAAUUUGGAUCGAGAGUCUAAGGGAAAAUAAUAUUUAUUUAUCAAAAUAUAUUUUAUUUUUUUAAGAUCCUGAUUCUGAUUUUGAGCUCACAGAUGAUGGAUAUCCUAAAUAAAAAGUUAUAAUGGCCAGAUAUGAUAAUGAUAAUUAAACUGAAAAGGGGUUUGACUGGAUUGUUUAAUCUAUUUUAAAAGGUAGAGUAUAUAAUUCAACUGCCCCACAAAUCUAAAUAUAAAUGAGCUGA